CGGCACCGGUGGUUCUCCACUGCCGCUGCCGCCAUCAUGGGAGGGGGAUGGGAGUUUGUGAGGGGGUGGAUGAUUUUUUAUUUUUAUUUUUGGGGAAGAAAAAGAAUGAGUUUAAGUCCAAAUAAGUUCGGACCGAUCUGGGCAAAUGAUGUUAUUUCAGCCCAAAUGAAAACUUAAUUUCCCUCCAACAAAGCCUAUUGAAACCGACGAUUCGAUUUCAUAAAAGCCCAAAACAAAAACAAACAAAAAGGACGAGAUAGGCGGUAGGCCUACUGCUGUUCUGUACGGAGCAGCUACUACCACCAGCAUUCGAAUGGUGUUUGAGGAAAGAUACAAAUUUGCUACAUUCCUUCAACUCCUCAUACAGAAAGCUCCCGCCCUUGAAAACCAAAGAACUUUGAGUCCUCAUAUUUCAGGUGAGAUUUGGAUGCUUUUUUCAAGCUAGCGAGUUUAGUUCAUGGCAUCAUCUGAAAUAAAAUCUGGGGCAUUGGUUACACUGCAAGACCUGCACCCAUCUUCCUCGUACUUCAAGCAAGGAGCUUCACUACGAGUAACCGGAAAGUUACAAGAUUAUUCUGUAGAGACAGCCAUUGCCACUAUUGUCGAUGGAAGUGAGAGAUUAAAAAUCAACACUCAGCACCUUCGGGAGCUUAGUUUUCGAGUUGGAUCCGUCUACCAGUUCAUCGGCGAGCUGCUUAUUCAACCGGACAAUGAGGCAGUGUUGCAGGCACGUGUGGGUAGGAAUGUCGACGGCAUGGAUCUCAAUCUUUAUCAUCAGUCUCUUCAAUUGUUAAGACAAUUUCAGGCCAAUCAUUUGAAGAACCCAGCAGUUUAGGUCUUCUGCAGUAGUUUGAGUGAGUGUGAUACUCAUAUAGAGGAAUCAAGAAGCCUGAGUUUGAUACCUAUAACAUGCAAUAGUGUGAGUUCGAUAACUAUGAGAGUCAUACUUUAGAACCUAGUAGUUUAUAAAGUAUCACGCUCAAAUUUUCCGGCCGACUAUAGGAGUGUGAUUCUUAUGUGAACUCAAUAUAUUAGUAUCAUACUCACUUUUUCGAGCCUACUGAGGAAGGCCUUAAUACAACUGUACUUUUGGAAAGGCUCAUGUGGACAUUUUAAAGCUUAUAAUAUUUUGAAAUUUCUCA